GAAAUGAGCAUUCGUAUAAGAGAAAUGGCAUAUCACAAGAUUAAGAUAAACAAGAUACUAUCAAGAGUUACAGGGAAGCCUGAAGAGCAGAUUGAAUUGGACACUGAUCGUGAUAAUUUUAUGAAUCCUUGGGAAGCAAAGGAGUAUGGUUUAAUUGAUGGUGUUAUUGAUGAUGGAAAACCAGGGUCUAAUUGCACCAAAUUGCAGAUGCAUCACCACCACCAAAAACUCGGGUAUGGGAUCAAUGGAAAGUUGAAGGGAACCAGUAAAGCCAAACAAAAUUUACCCUCAAACAUAAGUUUUUGCAUAAUGCAUAUAAAGGAGGUCAGGGAAGUGAAGAUGAUAAAGGCACUGAACAAGAAGAGGAAACACCUGCUGCUGUAUGAGUUAGGGGACAAGGUUUGCGUUGCUUCUAUACUCAAUAGAUCUAUUUAUUUUAACUGAUUC